AAAAAAGAAGAUAGGAACAAAGACAGACGACUUGAGAGAGAGAGUCGAGACAGAAACUGUAGACUUCAGACAAGAGACAACACAAACAUCCCAUAAAAUUCGACAUUCUCAGUCUGAAGAAGAAGAAGAAGAAGAAGACAAUUUCUCCAUUUCUUAAGCAGCUUCUGUGAUGGAGAGAGAGUGUGAAGAAGGAGGAGACAUUGAGAAAAAGCUGAGACGAAGUUUCUACAUGGGUAAUAAUUACAGUAAAAGAGCUGCUCCGUCUACUCCUCCACCCACGUGGCGACUCGGUCUUUCACCGCCGCGACUCGGUGCUUCCUCGGCUAAAGAGUUCUUGCUCAAUUCGGAUGUUUCCGUCAGGAAACUGUGCGCAGAGUUGUGGGAAACAGAACAUUUCAAGCCGCCGGUUGGUCUGCCACGGUGUCGACGGCGUGAUUCCGAUGUGGAAUCACCUUGUGAUCAUCAGCCACCAAGUAGAGGUACUAGCUUGAGGAGACAAAUUGAGUCUAAUGAUGAUCAUCGACUUGUUCAGAGAUAUGGCGACUUGUUGCAACCAAUCACUCCUUCAAGUUCCAGCAACCAUUCUUUGGAGGUUUUGAAACGUAACCCACUUUUUAGUCAAACUGGUUCUUCAACGGCUGCUAAGUCUGCUAGCUAUGGUUUGGGUUCAUCUACAAAGCUUCUCAAGGUGCUAAACCGAAUAUGGAGUCUUGAAGAACAGAAUACUGCUAAUACCUCUUUGGUCAAAGCUCUAAAGAUGGAGUUGGAUGAGUGUAGAGCCGAGAUCAAGGAGGUGCAGCAUCGUGAGAAGCAGAGCCAUAAGCGACCACAUAAGAAAAAGGAAGAGGAAGAAGAGGAGCUAAAGGAUGUGUUUAGAUCCAUGAAGAAGGAGCUACAAGAAGAGAGGGAAGUUAGAAAGAAGUCAGAGAGUAUGCAUAGGAAGCUAACAAGAGAGCUUUGUGAAGCAAAGCAUUGUUUAUCAAAAGCUUUGAAAGAUCUUGAAAACGAGAGAAAGGAACGUGUUGUAGUGGAAGAUCUCUGCGAUGAGUUUGCUAAAGCGGUUAAAGAUUGUGAAGACAAAGUGAUUGUUGAGAUUGCAGAAGUGUGGACUGAUCAGAGGUUACAAAUGAAGCUAGAGGAUAGGGAAAAGAGAAGAUCACAUUCAAGUGAGUUGAGGACAAAACAAGAUGAUGCAGCUUAUUUGCAUCAAAGGGUUUGCUUGAAAGAGCUCGAAGAAGGACUCAAAAGGAGAUCAAGAAGAGAUAACAAGUUGCAGCUUAAGAGGUCAGAUCAAGUUCUGAAUCUAUCUAUGUCUUCUGAAGGAGACAAGGUUCAUCCAGAGACUAGUACUCCAAGGAAUGUUGAUGAUUUAGAAAUGUCUAGAGCUUUCUCCAAGAUUGUUCCGAGGAAUGUGAAUGUGAUGGUGAGAGAGGAGAGGCGUAGUCUGAAGGAUAAGCUGAUGGAAGCUCGUGUUGAGAGUCGACGUUUACGUUCUUUGAAGUCUACACCUAAUCAUCCGGUUCAAGCUUGAGAAGCCAUUUGAUAGAAGUCUUGUCUUGUGUUUGUGCAUGCUUUGCUAAAUUUUACUAUUUGAUAAUUAAACAUAGGGUUGUUAACUGUGUGCUAAUUGUUAUGGAUUCUCUUAAUAUUCGUUAUAAAUGGUAAAUAGACAAGUCAAAGAUGUG